AAGAAGACUUCAAAGUCUGUGCGGAAGCCGGAAUGAAAGACAAAUCUAUACCUGCUGAACCUAAACCGUCGGGUACCAAGAACAGGAAAAGAGGAAGAAACUCUGACUCAGAAAAGGAAACUGGAAGCAUCUGCGACAUGGAGGAAGAUGGUGAUCAGAAAGCUGGACAGAAUCCUGGACUCAACAGUUGCAGAUCAUCUCGGCGAAAACAUGAUGUUAAUUACAAAGAGAACUUGAGUGAUGACGAAGAUAUAACUAGUGGAUCAAGACGAAAGACUACUAAAAUCAAUGAGCCAGUGGAGAAAGAUAAAAGAAAGGUCCUUUUUGAAGAAAGUAAACCAUUUGGAAAUGCUGAAAACUGCAAGAAUAAUGGAGACGAAGUAGCCGAAGAUAAUGGAAACUAUGAAAGACCUGAACCAGUGGUCGUUGAAAUUCCCGAUCCAGAAUUUUAUGACUUCGACAGGGAUAAGAGUGAAAAAUGCUUUGCGCUUGAUCAGUUGUGGGCCAUUUUUGACGAUUUGGAUGGUAUGCCCAGAUUUUAUGCUCGGAUCAAUAAAGUAUGUUAUUCGCCUUUCAAGGUGGAUGUCACAUGGUUGGAGUUCGUUGCUGGGAAUCCGUAUCAGACUGCUUGGAAAAGAAGCGGGUUACCCGUAGCUUGUGGGAAAUUCAAUCACGAGAAGUCUGAUACAAUUGAAGGUACAGGUACAUUCUCCCAUAAGAUUGUUUGGGAAGAAGGUGUUCGAAAUACUUACAAGAUCUAUCCCCGAAAAGGGGAAACAUGGGCCCUUUACAAGAACUGGAACAUUAAAUGGAGCUCUGAUAGGGACAACCAUGGAGAGUAUGAGUAUGAGUUUGUUGUGGUCCUGUCGGAUUACAUCAAUGAAUCAGGCAUUUUGGUUUCCCAAUUGGUUAAGCUAAAAGGUUUUGAAUCCUUGUUUAAGCGAACUGAAAACAAUGGCAUGUCUUCCUUUCAAAUAACAUUUGAUGAAAUGUUGAAAUUCUCUCACAGGGUUCCUUCAGUUAGAACAAAUGGUAGAGAACGAAAAGAUGUCCCCGAAGGUGUUUUUGAACUUGAUCCUGCUUCCCUGCCCCGGAACCUUGAAGAAGUUUCUGAUGGGAAAGCCAAAACUGUUGGUCGUAAAAGGGGUCAUUUUGAACUUGAUCCUGCUUCCCUGCCCAGUAACCUUGAAGAAGUUUCUGAUUUGAUUGAUGGGAAAGCCAAACCUCUUGGUGGUAAAAGGCAUCGUUCCUUGAAAUCUAUAUUAGAGGAGAGGCCUUGUGCGCCAAAGAAUGUAAAUGAAGAAACUUUCGAGGAGUCUGAGACUUUAAGUACUUCAAAUGGUGUGACAGAAAAGACAGAGAGAGUUUCUGAGCAGAUUCCUCCUGCACCUUCUUCGUUUAUAGACCCUUGUGAACUUCCAGAGUCAGUUUUUUAUACUUUUGAAGAUGACAAAACUGAAGACAAGUUCCAAGUUGGUCAGGUGUGGGCUUUGUAUUGUGAGUUGGAUGGCUUGCCCAAGUACUAUGGUCUGAUCAAAAAGGUUGAAUUAAUCCCGGAGUUUAAAGUGAACAUACAAUGGCUUGAAGCUUGCACCUCACCAAAGGGUAUGCUCGCUUGGCUUGACAGUAAGAUGCCUACAUGCUGUGGAGUUUUUUCUGGUGGUAACGAAACGGAGUUUGAUGAUACUAGUUUUUUCUCUCAUCUUUCGAAAGGAGCAGAAGCUGCGAAGGAAAACAAGUAUGAGAUCCUUCCCAGGAAAGGGAAGGUGUAGGCAGUAUACAAGAAAUUUUGUUCGGAAUGGUCUUCUUCUGAUCUCCAGACAUGCGAGUAUGACAUGGGCAAAGUUUUAAAAGUGGACGGUACACUGAAGGUGUUGGUUUUGGAGAAGGUGUGUGAUUAUGAGACGAUUUUCAAGGUUCAGACAAAAGCAGGCCAUGAAUCCAUACUUGAAAUACCAUGCCAUGAAUUGGUUAGAUUCUCUCAUCAAAUUCCUGCAAUCCAGUUGACUGAUGAAAAAUUAAGAACCUCGUUGACUGAUGAAAAAGUAGAAAGCUUGCGUGGAUGUUGGGAGUUGGAUCCCAAAGCAAUGCCUGUUCGUUUAUCUAAUUGUAAAUGAGGAGUCAAGAUUGUCAGAGCCAUGGUGUAAAUUUGAUGUACAAGGGUCUGUGUUCUGUUUGAUCUGCUGUUCAGAAUUACUGUUGAUGUGUUGCAGCAAUAUGGGGUUUAGCACUUCUUAUUCGCGGUAUAGGGAGAACAUCUUCUGUCAGAAUGAGGAGUCACACCCCAAACCCUGUUAGUAGCAAAUUUGGAAAAGAAAGGGCUGGAAUUUACUCUGAGAAUCAUAAAGAAACAAGUGGCGGACCAGGGAAUUGUUCUAGGUCAAAAUUUACUCGAAGCAAACUUUAAGUGAAAUACGUGUUGAGUAUGAUUGCUGAUACAAAUGUGUGUCAAAGGAGAUCGACAAGGGAAGUAAGCAAAGUUAUUCGAGGGAGGAAUUUGGAAGCUAUGAGAUUUGAAAUUUCUUAUCAACAGUGUCAGACAUCGCGAGAGAACUUCACUGGGUUGGGUCUUAUUGUAGCCAAAAGAGCUUAGUAUCUAUUGGCAAAGGCUAAGCAUCACUAACCAACAACAGCAAAAAACACCAGCAAUACAGUCGGCAACCCCGCAGCACCUCCAACACCAGCAUCAUCAAGCUGGAGCGAAGAAAGGAAAUGCCUCUAUUCUGGCCAUGGGAGACUUAUAAGGCUGGUGUGUCGUUAGAUCUGAGUAAGCAUCACAUAAUCAAGACAUUUUUGGACAAGUUCGCUUUUAAGACAGUUAAAACUUCUGAGAAUUCCGACAUUUCUUUUUCCAGAGAAGGUAUGGUUUUUGGGCGAUGAUGUUGGAACAGUAGCAGUGCCUCUCCUACAAUUUCAACAUAGCGGUGGUUGGAUUAAGUCAUUACUUGAAGAAGCAGAGAAUGAGAGAAUGCAUCUAAUGACUACGGUGGAUCCUGUACAGCUGAUAUGGUAUGAGAGGUUUUUGGUUCUCACUGUCCAAGGAGUCUUUGUCAAUGCCUUCUUCGCUAUGUAUCUGCUUUCACUUAAGCUUGCUCGUAGAAUUACCGGUUAUCUGGAGGAGGUAGCAGUUCAUUCUUACACAAAGUUCUUGAAGGAGAUUGAUAGUGGUAAAAUUGAAAAUGUCCAGCUCCUGCUAUUGCAAUAGACUAUUGGAGGCUACCCUAGGAUGUAAGUGUAAAAGAUGUCGUAAUUGUGAUCCGAGCAGAUGAAGCUCAUCAUCUGGAUGUCAACCAUUUUGCAUCUAACUAGCAGGCAGCUGGAAGUGAUGGACAUCGAUGCAGUUUGAUUAAUUUGCCAGAUAUGGGGUUUCCUAAUGAUGAUGAUUUUCAUGAUCUUUCUGAUUAUAUUUUUGGGGUGUCAGAAGGCUGGAUAUGUUAUGCGGAAACUAGAAUAGCAGAAAGGGAAAUUACUGUGACAGUUUGGGUGCUCGAUGAGGUCAACUGGAAAAUAUUGCACAAGGAUAUUUCAGUAGGCGGUAUCUUACUAGAACUGUGUUGUGAUGUUGCAAUGAUCCAAUUUUAGGUUUUAGUCCCAUAAACUGCAACAUUGUAUUGUUUGGUUGUAAGCACUGGGUACGGGGGUUCAACAUCCAAACCAGUAGUGUUGAAGAGCUCUACUUGUGUAAGAGAGAUGUAAAUUAUAGAUGCGUGAUGGACCUGAUGGUCAUGCCAACAGUACUUCCACCGCCCUCUUGGAUAGAAAGUGAUCUUAGCAUUUCAAAUUCUGAAUAGAGGAAGGAACGAAAACCGGGUUAGAGAAGCGUAGGCAGGAAAGCUGGUGGUUGUACAUAACUCAAAAGGAGUUUGGCACUCUCUUGAAACCUUGCCUGAAAGAGAUGACGCCGUUUCUAAAUUGUUUUGCCACUAGUGGGAACAAUUAUGCCAAGUGUUUUACGCAUUAAGUCCUCUUAUGAACUUGCGCAGGGAUACACAGGUUACUUUCAGUUUUGUGCUUACCGUUCCUCUCCCUCAAGCAAUUUGCGUUGAUGCCAUAGGGAACCAUCAAUUACGACUUAGAUGACGAUUGUUAGUUACAUUGGGGGUUGAGAUUUUCUAUGUAACAUGGUAAUUGAAACUAAAUUGAAACUAACAUGUAGAGAAGAAUAGACUUAA